AUGGCAGAGGAAAAGCAACCGCCAGGCCUUGUCGAAGGCGCCACCGGCGAAGUCGAGGAUGAAGUCCAGGACAAGGCAAAGUCCGCCGAGGACCGCAAGGCCGCCGCUGCGCUGUCCAAGCUCGAUGCGAGGGACGACGACGUCGCCGGCGCCUCCGUGGACCAGGAGGGCCUGAACAAGGCCAUGAACAAGCUCAGCGUGUCCAAGACGACAGAGAACAAGGACCUUAAGAAGGUCAAGGUCGACGCGGCCGACGUCACCUUGCUGGUGGACGAGCUCGACCUUACUAAGCCAAAGGCUACCGAGCUGCUCAAGCAGCACGAGGGCGACGCGGUAAAGGCCAUGAGGGCGUUCAUCGCGGUGAAAUGA